AUGCAUGACGUAGUUCGUGAUGUUGCCAUAUCAAUUGCCUCAAAAGAUCCUCAUAGAUUUAUGGUAAGAUCAUUUGAUGCUGAAGGUGGAGGUGGAGGACGGCCAGGGGUACAAAAAGUUACAAACCAAGAACAUUGCAGUGCAAUUUCAUUAAUUGAUUUUAAAUUGGAUGAAAAUAUUACUGAUGGUUUGGAGUGCCCCAAACUUGAGCUUCUGCAACUGAAAAAUUCCUCAAGUAGUUCAGAAUAUUCCAACCACUUUAAAAGAAUGAAAGAACUCAAGGUUUUAGCUUUCUUAAAGGUGAAUAUGUCAAGCUAUUUGGCCUCGGAAAAAUCUCUACUGCUUGGAGAACCCAAGUACCUUCAUACCUUGUGUCUAGAGGAUUGCAAUUUGGGAGACAUAUCCCAUGUUAUUGGAGGAUUGGAGAAUUUGGAGAUCCUCAGCUUUGCUCGCUCUCAAAUCAAUAAGUUGCCUAGAGAAAUAGGACAUCUUCAUAAGUUAAGGAUACUGGAUGCAACAGAUUGUGAAGGACUUGAAGAAAUUCCUCACGGUGUCUUAUCCAACUUGAGGAGAUUAGAAGAGUUGUACAUGGCAGAAAGCUUUCUCAAUUGGGGGCCAGCAACAGAAACCAAGGAUGAAACGAGUAUGGCAAGCGUUGAUGAGGUGAUGUCUAUGUUUGAUCAUUUAAAUGUCGUAGCCAUAAAAAUCCCUGAUGUUCAGAUGUUGCGGAAAUGA